GGGACGGCGGUGACGCACCGUGGACAGCCGUGCGCCGUGUUGUCUCCAGCUGGUUUCUUAAGGUGGAUCUACACGUACUACGACAUGUCGCAUUGUUCCAGUUGAACCACCGCCCCCGCCACCACGGGACCCCCCGUCGACACGUCGCCGACUCGCCGUCCAUCCCGCCAGCCGUCCUUCCCUUUUACAACUCCACCGAUCAGCGUGAUAACGGUAGGCCCAGCUCCCUGCCUCAAGUGGUUCCAGCUCCCCCUCUCCAGUGGGUUUCCAGUGGUUCCAGCUCCCCCUCUCCAGCGGGUUUCCAGUGGGUCCAGCUCCCCCUCUCCAGCGGGUUUCCAGUGGGUCCAGCUCCCCCUCUCCAGUGGGUUUCCAGUGGGUCCAGCUCCCCCUCUCCAGCGGGUUUCCAGUGGGUCCAGCUCCCCCUCUCCAGUGGGUUUCCAGUGGUUCCAGCUCCCCCUCUCCAGCGGGUUUCCAGUGGGUCCAGCUCCCCCUCUCCAGUGGGUUUCCAGUGGGUCCAGCUCCCCCUCUCCAGUGGGUUUCCAGUGGGUCCAGCUCCCCCUCUCCAGUGGGUUUCCAGUGGGUCCAGCUCCCCCUCUCCAGCGGGUUUCCAGUGGGUCCAGCUCCCCCUCUCCAGUGGGUUUCCAGUAGGUCAAGCCCUCCCUUCCAUCGGGUGCCCUCUUCUCUUGCGGGCCCUCUCCCUACCUGCAGUGGGUCUCCAGUGGGUCCAUUUCCCCUCCGCCCAGCGGCCUAAGCGGCCGGCAGCACCCCCCUCGAGGCCAUCAUGAACGUGGGCACGGCGCACAGCGAGGUCAACCCCAACACGCGGGUGAUGAGCAGCCGGGGCAUGUGGCUCUCCUACCUGCUGUGCAUCGGCCUGCUGCACGUCAUCCUGCUCAGCAUCCCCAUCGUCAGCGUGCCGGUGGUCUGGACGCUCACCAACCUCAUCCACAACCUGUGCAUGUACCUGCUGCUCCACACCGUGAAGGGCACCCCGUUCGAGACUCCGGACCAGGGCAAGGCGCGGCUCCUCACCCACUGGGAGCAGAUGGACUACGGCCUGCAGUUCACCGCCUCACGCAAGUUCCUCACCAUCACCCCCAUCAUCCUCUACAUCCUCACCAGCUUCUACACCAAAUACGACCGCGCCCACUUCGUGGUCAACACCGUGUCGCUGCUCGUCGUGCUCAUCCCCAAACUGCCCCAGCUUCACGGGGUCCGCAUCUUCGGGAUUAACAAGUACUGACCCCACCCGACCCCUCCGCACCCACCCACCCACCCCACCCCUCCACCACCACCACCACCACCACCACCACCAGUUCCUCUGGCUGGCAGGGUAUCGCGGGUCCUACUGGGUUGAGCGGUGGUUUGGCCCGGGAGGAACCCUAAAAUGAACCACCGCGGCCCUCUGAAGAACGGAGAGCCCCUGGUGGGUUCGCUCACCCUGGCACCUGGGACCCCCCCCCCCCCCACACACACACACACACCAAAGGCCCCCCCAGGGAGUGAGGGGAGUCAUGGAACUCGCGGCACGCUCUACCUGAAUCUCCUAGGAGGGGGGGGGGGGGGUCUGAACUCUCCGGAGUGGAACGCCUUUCGAACGUGGCGGGAAAGUGGAGGCGACUGAAAGGGGCGGUGGUGUUUCCACCUGACGGAGGGAGUGGUGGUUUGUUUUGGGUGGUGUCCGGGGAGGGGUACGGGGCCGCUCUGCCCCUACGGCCCAGCUCUGCCCCUGGACCGCAGCGAUGAUACCACAGACCUACGGUACCUUAGGAGGGUCGUUUUUACGCCGUCGAUCGCUGCCUUACUUUUAUUCAGCUUUACGCGUCCUGUCUGCCUCUUUCCCUCUGUCUCCCAGUCUCCCUGUCUCCCUGUACCACGGUCUCUCUGUCUCCCUCUCUUCCUGUCCCCCCCGUCUCCCUCUCUUGCUUUCUUCCUGUCCCUCUGUCUCCCUGUCGUCCUGACCCUCGGUCUCCCUGUCUCCCUCUCUUCCUGUCACCCUGUCCCUCUGUCUCCCUGUCGUCCUGUCUCUCUGACUCUCUGUUUCCCUGUCUUCCUGUCUCCCUCUCUUCCUAUCACCCUGUCCCUCUGUCUCCCUGUCUCCCUCUCUUCCUGUCUCCCUCUCUUCCUGUGUCUCUGUCUCCCUCUCUUCCUGUCUCCCUCUCUUCCUGUCUCCCUCUCUUCCUGUCUCCCUGACUCCCUGCUUGGUUUCCUCAGUGCAUUCCAGAGACUCUGCUGUGACAUCAGAGCCGUGACGUCAGAGCCUUGAAGUCAGAGCGGUGACGUCAGAGCGUGUGAUGUCAGAGCGUGUGAUGUCAGAGCCGUGAUGUCAGAGCUGUGAUGUCAGAGCUGUGAUGUCAGAGCUGUGAUGUCAGAGCUGUGAUGUCAGAGCUGUGAUGUCAGAGCCGUGAUGUCAGAGCUGUGAUGUCAGAGCUGUGAUGUCAGAGCUGUGAUGUCAGAGCUGUGAUGUCAGAGCCGUGUCAGCGCUCGGCCGUGUAAAGGAUUCCUCAGCGGUCGCCGUUCCUUCCCUCCGUUUAGUUUUUAGUCGGUCGGUCGGUCAGCCCCAGAUGUGGAACAUUUGGGAACUUGGGUUAUUUUUAUCCGAUCCUUCCCAUAUUUGGACACUUUCUUGUGCUGCUGUGUGCCAGAGACUGCCCCUCUCUGCGCCUCAGGGCCGGGUAAGGAGAGGAACACGGCGUGACUUUAAGACCAAAGAGCAGCUCAACCCUGAGAUCAACUCCUGAUUCUGCCAUGUUGGAAUUUAACGGCGUCGUUCCAGCUCUGGGAUUCAGCUCAGUGAUGCCCAGCUGGCCUUCACAUGCGUUUUAUUUGAUAUUAUAUUCAACUGAUUUUAGGAAUCCUAUUUUAUACUUUUAAGGUUCUCAACUCAUUUAGCUUAUUUUCCAAAUGUUUCACACCGAAUAAAGGGAACCAGUCAGAAGUUUGAGCAGAGGAGUGUAAUUUAAAUAGAAAGCAUCACUGCUCAACAGAGGAAAGGGGCGUGGUUCUGCAUGGUCUCCUUAGGAACCACAGAGAUGUACGUGUGUACUGGGAUUUGACACGCGUGUACCGUCAUGUUACUGUACGUGUGUACUGUCACCUGACUGUACGUGUUUACUGUCAUGUGUCUGUACGUGUGUACUGUCAUCUGACUGUACGUGUUUACUGUCAUGUGUCUGUACGUGUGUACUGUCAUGUGACUACAUGUGUGUACUCUCAUGUGACUACGUGUGUACUGCCCUGGGUUGUGUGUGUACUUUCACCUGUGUGAUAUUCAGUAGUGGUGCGUUCUCACCACAGUACCUAGCCUGAAGACAGGCCUAUCAUGGAGUCACUGCUAGAGUCUACUUUAGUCUCCUCUCUAGAAGCUUCUGAAUGUGACGACUUUAUAAGUGUCAAAGGGCUUUAGGUAGAGCUGUAUACACGUUUUAGGAAAUGAGCCAACCGUUUGUUUAUGUGUGGGAAAAUUAAGGACUUUUGAACAAAUUUGAACAUAUGAAUGUUGAUUGGAAUUGUAGCAUUUUGCUUAUAGUUGUUGCUAAGUGACCAUUUUAAGGGCGAUUAUAUCUUCACUUUAACGUGCUGACCCGAGGGCUCGACAAAUGAAACAGUAUUUUAUUUUUCUGACUUCAUGUCAUCCUGUAGUGUUGUGCCCAUAUUUGGACAUGCUUUGACUGUUGGUCCUAACUUAAACGGGACUAUGUAGGUCAUUCGUACUUUUAUUAUGUUGUUCUGCGUGUGGGGAUAACGUAUUCGGUACUUGACAGGCGCUUCACCAUGAAAGGUCAUUGUUGGUACUAUGUGAUGAUUAUGUGAGGCCAAACUAAAACUUUUUACAAUUUUAGAAGGACAUGCAUUUUAGCCCCCUCCCCCCUCCCCUUCUCUCUGAGUUUUUCCUUUUAAUCAAAUGUUACACGUUAAUGUCAACAGCAAAAGCCAUUGACUUUUUCUAAGGAAUAAAUGUGUCGUCACUCGUCUGUAUUUUACUUUCAAUGACCAAAACAAGAGAAACCGAUUGGAUGCAGUUUUCGUCAUGUGUCAGCCAAAACCUUUAAGAGUUUUGACAAAGGACCAAUCAUGUGUUCUAAUUUUUUGAAGUACAAUCCUGUCGUUGACCUCACGUUGGACCGUUCUAGCCUUGGUUUACAAAACGGACUUCAAGACUUCCUGCUCUAGCAGCAUGACGAGGAGGCUUAGAAUUUGUGAUGCAAGAUGUUUUCUCUGUCCCUUUGUGUGAGGAUCCUUCAUGCAGAUGACUCUGGAAGCUUAGAACCUGUGAUUUUAGAUGUGUUCUCGAUUUCUGUGUCUGUAAGGAUCCUCCUUCAUGCAGAUUACUCUGGAAGCUUAGAAUCUGUGAUGAUAGAUCUGUUCUAGGUUCCUGUGUGUGUGAGGAUUCUUCAUGCAGAUGAAGCUCAGAGCCCGUUGCUUAGAUGUGUUCUUCUUAAUGUGUGUGUGUGAGGUUCACCUUCAGUGGUUUCAAACCAAAGUUCUCUUGAAUGAACCAGAGAUGGAUAAUCCUCAGUUAGCGACCGUCUAUUCAGAGAAGGCCGACAAUCUGACCCUGAUGACAGAUGGGUCGUGUUUCAUUUAAAAACACAAACGCAUUCAAAGCUAAUCAUCCAUCAGCAGAGUUUCAUAAAUAUGAUUCUCAUUCGCUUUCAAUAUCUGAGUGUUGAUCUGCAUCCCGGUAACAAACGUAACUCUGAUCCGGGCUGGUCAUCUGGAUCUCUACACCCUGAGGGGUUUGAACGUAACCUGAUAACCACAGCUGGUUAAACAUUGAGUGAGAGUGACAUGUGAGUGCAGGCUGUCCUGU